GGACCCUGCGCUAAAACUUUUCCAAAAAGAGCCUUCACUUCAGUCCUGCACCUCACACCAACCCUAUUCUUUUGAAAAGACGUCGACAGCUGACGUGAUGAAGACCAUGGGCUAGUAGCAUCUCCAUUGACUUCAUCGUUCGCAUAUGCUUAGCGCCAAAGGUUUCCAGACUGGAGACGACGACUGAAUAUAACUCGACUGAACUUUGAACGCAGUUUUUUUUUUAAUCGAUUGUCCAGUCACCUUUUGGUGUCUUUAAAAGUCUGCUCGGACAGCUCGGUACCUGAACCUGAUCAGGAACACCUUGCAUUGCUUGCUACUCACACAUCCUUCACAACCAUGACCAACGUGCCAUUACGGCCCAUGAACCCCCGGUUCCACAUCCUCGGGCCCGGUGGAAUAGGAUCGCUCUUCGCAUUCUACUUUUAUCAGAACCACAUCCCCUUCACUUUCUUCCAGCGUCGGGCGCCUCCGCCCGCAGCCCCAUAUUAUGAUAAAAUCGACAAGGACAGCUACACCACAGCCAAGAACACCGACCAUACCCGCCAGAACUACCCUCCAACAACCCUCAAGUACAUGAACCUCACCUCCCUCGAAACCACCUCUGUAGAGCCCCAAGUGAUCGACGGACUCGACUGGGAACCCCUCUAUCCCAUCAUCGACAAGGAACUCUUCCGCCACGACCCCGUCUACAACGAACUCUCUCGGUCCCCGAUCCACCAGCUCCUUGUCACAACAAAGACCUAUCAGACCGUCGAAGCCAUAUCUAAGAUCAGACACCGUCUCCGGCCCUGGACAACCAUUGUCUUGAUGCAAAACGGGAUGGGUGUUCGGGAAGAGAUCUGCGAGUCCAUGGGCUGGACAACCGAAGAGGAGACACCAAACUUUGUCCAGGGGAUCAUCUCGCAUGGAGCCCAAAAGACGGGUGAUACGAUCGUACAUACAGGAACCGGACAUGUCUGGCUGGCCCCGGUAGUCGAGUCCUCUCAGCUCUCAUCUAUAUCUCAAACGGGCUCGACGCCAGUCCCGAUCAGCAGAAUUCUGAAACCCUCGGAUACGUCCCUGCUUCCGAAACUUGUAAUGCCGAAGAAAGAAAUCCUCACAGCGCCGUAUCCAUACAGGAGUCCUGCAUCGUUCAUCGCACCCUACACCAACGCACCUUUCUCCUCAUUCUAUACUGCGCCUUCAUCAGUACAAGAACUUCAAGAUCUCAGGACCCGAUCUCUCUACGAGACCCUCUCAACCUUCCAAGAGCUCUCUGCUGCCCUGAACCUUCGCCUCCUGAUGCCCGACCAUCUGCUCGCCCUUCAGCUCUCAAAACUCGUCGUCAAUGCCUGUGUGAACCCCGUGGCGACGCUAUUGGAAGCGACCAACGGCGCCUUACUGGAUUCAUCCGAUAAUGCUCACCCAGCCGUAAAGGAUCUGCUGAAGGAGUCGCACUCGAUCCUGCGCCAUUCACUAGAAUACAGAGCUCUGAAUGAGAACCUUCGGCAAGAGUUUUUGACGCUCGAGGCGUUGACAAGCACGACCGAGGGGAUUUUGAGGGCAACUCGACAGAACCGGUGUUCGACAUUGCAGGAUUAUUUGAAGGGAUCGCGACAGUGUGAGAUUGAGUACAUGAAUGGGUACUUGAUCAAGAUGGCGGAGCGGGAUAGGGCACCGGGUGAGAGUGCAGAGAGCGCGGCACCGUUGAACAGGAUGGUGACUGAGAAGAUUAAAGAAAAGUUUGCGGCACCAAGGAAAGCUUCAGAGUAGAAAAAAAUAAUGAAAAUGAAGAAAAGCACUGUAGACUCUCCCUCUGUGUAUAUAUUAUUGUGGCAUGGAUAAUUUGCUCCGCACAGCGAGAC